AUGGCGCCCGGCGCAAGUCGUCCGUAUCGGCGACAGUUGAGCAUCACCCGCUUCUCGGCACGACGGCUGUUCUUGUAUGUAACAGGCGCACUCGUGGUCGCUGCAUGCGUCUCAGCUCUUGCAAAGCUAGCCGCAAACCUCACAAGAGGGUCAGAGCAGCAUGCGAUCCCGGAGGAGAUCCCUGGUGAGCCAAUACCGCUGGGGCAGUCGCGGGAUAGAGGAGGAAGAGAGGUAUUUUGGUGGGAGCAGUUCCCACGACUGAAUGGAUUCUACAAUGGCCGAAGAAAACUGGUCACGUUGUCACACUACGUGUCCGAGCAGGACCGCGAGUCGCCAGAACCUGAACGCGAUUCGACGCCGCUACUCGCACCUGUUCGGGCGCAAGUGAAACAUGACGGCAAGAAAUGUUUCGCCGACGAGGAAGAGACGCUUGAGAUCCCGCAAUGGUCAGCAUACAAUGGCUUGCCGCAACGUAUGUCUGCUCCGUUGCUCGGCUCAGCCGAGGUCCUUGACCUAGACAACGCAAGAUGUUACGACCGCGUAGAAAGACUGGGCCCUUACGGCAAUGCGCCUGUUGAAACCGAGCAGAGCGUAGCCUAUGCGCCUGGCGGCGACAAUGCAGACGGUCCUAGUCGACACCCCGAAUGGAGUCGUGCGAAAUGGAGUCCAGCUCAGGAUAAGUGCUACGAGAAGAAUCGUGACGUUGUCAAGAGCAGAACGGCAUUCAUUAUCAGAACAUGGGCUGGCUACAAGUACACUCGUUACGAUAUCGCAGUUUUGCGAGCAAUCGUGAGCGAGAUAGCUCUUGCAUCCCGUGGCAAGUACACAGUGCACUUUCUGGUUCACCUUCAGGACGACAGCAUUCCUAUUUGGGCGUCUGAAGAGGAAUACAAUCGCGUUCUGCAAUCAAGCAUCCCGAUGGAGUUUCACGGCAUGGCUACCCUAUGGUCAGUAGCACAGAUGAAGUUGAUCUAUCCGCCACCAUUUCCGGAGAGCAUUGUCAAUUUCUCUGGUGGCGAUGUGUAUGAGGCGUACAGAUCACUACAUUUUCCUCUCCAGUACUUUGCUGAGAAGCAUCCGGAAUUCGACUACUUCUGGCAGUGGGAAAUGGACAUUCGUGUCACCGGGCACUACCAUGAGCUCCUCGAGCAAAUAUCGGCAUGGGCUGAGAAGCAGCCCCAGGAGUACAGCUGGGAGCUAUCAUCGCGUUUCUACAUUCCUGCCUUGCAUGGAACGUAUGACGAAUAUGUGCAGACUAUCAAGAAUGAGAUGGCAGAACAGAGCAUGGCACCUAUCGCUGGUCCUCAAUUGCCUAAGGCAGAUUUGGUUGACACCCCGGAGCAGGCCAAUCCGCCGCACGCGGACCAUAUCACGGAUUUGAUCACAUUCAAUCCCCUCUUCGAUCCAACUGGGACGAAAUGGGCAUUCCACGAUGAUAUCACUGGCUAUGACGAGCGUCCGCCUACUCGUGCCGCUCUCAUCACAGCGUCUCGGAUGUCCCGUCGUUUGCUGCGGCUAAUGCACAAAGAAACUUAUGCCAGAAAUCAUACAAUGUUUCCAGAGAUGUAUCCCGCAUCUAUCGCCCUUCAGUAUGGGUUGAAGGCCAUCUAUGCACCAUUACCGAUCUACUUUGAUCGCGAUUGGCCGCCUGUCCAUGCCAACGAGGUGUUCAACAACGCCGAAUUGAGCGAUGAUUCGAAAGGAGCAGGCAUGGACCACGGCGAUGGGCACUUUCAUGGAAAAGGCGGGAGUGUCUUCGGUCCAGGUGAACACGUGUUCAGGGGAGCGACGUAUUACAGCAAUGCAGCCUUUGCCUCGUACUUGUGGAAACGCUGGCUUGGGCGCGAGAACGAUAAUGAAGAGUUGAAGUGGGAGUCGCAGAACAAGCAAGAUGGUGGCAGGAUGUGUUUGCCAAUGAUGGUGUUGCAUCCUAUCAAGCAAGAGUGA